AGGCCUAGUCCGCUGGGGGCACAGAGAGUGGAUGGUGGCUGCCAAAUGGGAGGAUGGAGACAGGAAUAAAACAUGGCCAGAGGGGGCACCUGUUAAGCGCCAACAACAGCUGUGUGUUUAGGGGCUCCUGGCCUAGUCCUAUUCAACGGUCCGCCAUGCAUCCGGGUUCAAAAGCCUGGCAUGCCAUAAUCCAAGUGGAGCUAAAGAAGCAAAGAGACGCCGGGCGUCGGUUAUUUACAGGCUGCUUUGGGCCUAGCGCCAGGGUUCCCAACGUGGGGCGCAUGCCCCACCACCGGGGGGGGGGCAAUUUGAUUUGUAAGGGGGGCAAUUCGAGAACGAGUUAGACCAAGUGAAGGGCCUGUUAGGCUUCCUCCAGGUCUGCCCCUGCUUGUUACCAUGGCGAAUAUGGGAUUCUUCGAACUGCUGACGAAGAAGAAGGAGCUGAUUCCUCUGAUUGGAUUUGUGGGAUCUGCUGGAUGCUUCGCAAUCUAUUCCAGCUGGCACUCUCUGAGAAAACCUGAUGUAGUUUUUAAUAAGUCUGGCAACCAAGAACCAUGGCAAGAUGUGGAUUUUACCAAGCCCCAGAAGCAUAUAACGUUAAACCAGCAAUGGAAGCCCAUAGAAGAGCUGGAGAAAGUAAGAAAAAUAACAAAGGGAUGAUAUGUCAUUGCUUUGAAGCAUGGAGUUCAGUGAGCUAUAUUCUAUCCAUUUGUGAACUUUAAAAAGAGUCGGCUUAUUUUUCUCUGAAAUAAUACUGUAAUUUACAUUUUCAAUAAACUUGGAGUUUCAGUUUAAA